GAUCCACUUAGGCAUGCAAAGCGUUCAGGGUUCUAUACAGAACCAUUUGCUUUACUAAAGAACCCCAGUGUAGUCUCCAUCGUAUUGGAGAGCAGCCUUUUGCUGCAACCUGUUGAAGCGCUCUGGAGUCCUGAGUUUGACCGGCGCUAGGACCCAGCCGGAUUAAUCCGCACACACCCGCGCUGCCAACAGUGUGUGUGUGUGUGUGUGUGUGUAGUGUGUGUGUGUGUGUUCAGAGAAGAGCACAAGUGUCACCCAGAGCAGCCAAGAAGCGCCAUGCGAGCGACUGGAGCUCCGAGAGGAGGCUGAACUGACCGCUCCCCAACGCAGCGAGCAGCGCCAGAGCGUCCCUCUCUCUCAGCGCCGUGUCGGCGAAGUCUCGCGGUGAAUCGGAGCGCCUGUCUCGGCUUUUCUGGAGGGGGAUGAUCAUGUCUCAUGGCCGGGGCGAGAAGGGCUGAGGCAGACUGACACCUGCAGACACACGGAGAGAAAGAGACACGCAGGAGAUUCGAGCAUCUUCCACUGAGAGGUUAAGCGCGGUCAGCACUAUGACUGAUGGGGACUACGAUUUUCUGAUCAAGCUCCUGGCUCUGGGUGACUCCGGAGUGGGCAAGACCACCUUUCUGUAUCGCUACACAGACAACAAGUUCAACCCCAAAUUCAUCACCACCGUGGGCAUCGACUUCAGGGAAAAGAGAGUGGUGUACAGCACUAACAGCCCCAAUGGGACCACAGGGAAGUCGUUUAAGGUUCACCUGCAGCUGUGGGACACAGCAGGACAGGAAAGGUUCAGAAGCCUGACGACGGCCUUCUUCAGAGACGCGAUGGGCUUCCUGCUGAUGUUCGACCUGACCAGCCAGCAGAGCUUCCUGAACGUCCGCAACUGGAUGAGUCAGCUACAGGCUAACGCUUACUGCGAAAACCCAGACAUCGUUCUCGUCGGCAACAAAGCUGACCUGGCGGACCAGAGGGAGGUCCAGGAGAAGCAAGCGAGAGAGCUGGCAGACAAAUAUGGCAUCCCUUACUUCGAGACGAGUGCGGCCACGGGCGCGCAGGUGGACAAGGCGGUGGUCACUCUGCUGGACCUGGUGAUGAAGAGGAUGGAGCAGUGCGUGGACAAGCCUGCAGCCGACGCCCAGAACACCGACGGCACCAGCAAGCUGACCGCCGCCCCUGCUAGCGAAAAGAAAUGCGCCUGUUAAAAAACACCAGGCCGCGCUUUGUUCCCCCCUCUACCCCACAGUGGACAAACAUGGAAUUGCAGCUCAGCCCCACGCGCUGAUGUGGUCAUGAAAAGCACGGCGCUGGACAGCUUUCGCUCCAGCCCUGUCCGACGUGUGGACUUUACUGUUUAUUUCCCCAAAAUGGCUCCAAUGCAUUUUUGAGCGUUUCUGAAAUUGUCUCUGGUAAACAAGAUUUUGUCCCCCUUUCCUGUCUUGAAGAAAUUUAUGACAGAAUAUCUGUUAACAAUGACAAAGAUAACUGUAUGGGUUACACACAGUAGAAUCCACCUUUACGAAAUGAAUGUUUUGCUACUUUGUUCUCGUUUCUCAUGCCUUGACUUACUUUAACCCCGUUUUGAAUAUCUUUCUUUUUUUAUCCAUGCUAUUACAUUUAGCAGCAAACAGCUCGGACACUAAAAUACAGUCGGUGAUGGUCAAAAUUGAAAACAUAGUGAUGGCUGAAUACUGUACUCACUGUCCUAAACGCAUUCAGUAACGUAUUCAAUUACAGUACAUAAAAAAGUAAUGUAUUCAGAAUACAUGUAGAAUACAUUUACAGUACAUCUUGGUAAUUCACACUGUUCCUCGCUGUCACUGGUUGGCAGUUUUCUUUAUUUCAUGCAAAACCAUUUAUCAUUUAAAUGAAGUUUCUCUUCAGUCCAAUGCUUCUGUCCACUGCUGCUCCCACAAUCCCCUGAGCAAAAGUCCAGUACAACACUGAUGCUAAACUCAUCACUCGCAAACAUGUCCACUACUGAGAAGAUCAUUCCUUUAAGAGAGCUCAGUAGCACUGAGAUAAAUAACUGGCUCAUCACUUUGGUUUAUCAGUCUACUCAGGCUUUAGCAGGAACUUCAGUAAAGAGGCUGUUAAUUGAGGCCCUCUUUAGAGAUUCUAAACUAGUUAAUAAAUAUAUAUUUUCUAAUUUAGUGAGUAAAUAUUCUAAAAAUAUUCUCCUACGAAUGUAACUGAAUUCUGAAUACUGCAUUUCCAAAAAGUAGCUUGGACUGAAUACUUGUAUUCCAUUACAUCCCAACCCUAAACACAGUUAACUCCAUUUGAUUUAUCUGAUCUGGACUUCAGUUUCAGGCUCAGGGUUGAUGUUCUAGACACUGGAUUUUGUCUCACUGUAAUUGUGAUGGCCAGCUGAAGUUCCUUUCUAGUACUAGUCAUAGUCUAAUUCAAAUAUUAGCAUGCUAAUUCGGCCAAAAAUGGCCCAUAUUUUUCAACGUCUCAGAGCAAAGACCAAAUUAUACGUCUGUGUCUGCUUAUCUGUGAACAAAUGCGACAUGUGCAGACGUUCACAUAGAGUGUGUUUACAUGCACUCAGUAAUCAGAUUUCUUUGGUCAUCUGAUUAUUUAAAUGGUUAUAUAA